CGGAAAUAAAUUUUCAGCAUUUCAGCCCAUCACCAAGGUUUCCAACUUGCAAACCUUCGCCUCCUCGUGACUGAGUGGAAAGAAGACUGCGACGAUGGCAGGACCGACUGCACUCGUGCUUCUCAGCACAUUAGCUCUGGUUGAGGCGUAUGUUCUGCAGCCGAUGUCUUUUGCAAUGGUAGAAGUUGGCGUGAACGUCACAUUGGAAUGCCCGCACUUCGAUCAUAUGAGAGACAUAUUUUACUGGUAUAAAAUGAAGUUUGGCUCUACGAUCCAAACGAUUGCCGAGGGGUAUUUCGGAGAAAUAUCACUUCAAAGCCCGUUCAAGUACGGAAGAUUCGCAAGUGUGAGUACGGGAGGCAUGUACAUUUUAAACAUCACCAAUGUACGCAAAGACGAUGAAGCGAUGUACACCUGCCAAGCAGGAACCUCAUACAACAUGAGGUUCAUAGGUGGCACGCAUCUGGUUGUGAAAGAUCCCAAGCACAAGUCCUUCCGCGUGAAACAAAUUCCGCAAAGCAAGUCGGUUGAAGAGGGCCAAUCUGUGACCGUGCAGUGUUCCAUCUUCACAGAGAGCAAGGAACAUCUCCGCCAGUGUCCGGACCAGCAAAGCGUCUACUGGUUCAAAUCUGGAUCGGGAGAGUCUCAUCCGCACAUCGUUUACUCCGACAGAGAUGAUGAAGAAGACAAAAGGAGAUGUGUCUACCAACUGUCCUUGACCAUACACAACUCAUCUGACGCCGGAACAUACUACUGUGCCGUGGCCACAUGUGGCCAGAUCCUGUUUGGCCAAGGAACUCAUGUGGAGACCCGACAAGAUGUGAAACGAGCUGCCAUUUUGCUUGGGGCUCUGCUCGCCUCCGCCGCCAUUGUGGUCACUGUUGUAGUUGGUUAAUUCCUUUUUGGGAUUCAUGUAUAGAAGUACUUUUUAUUGUUUUUAUAUAGAGUAUACAGGUAAAUGAAUUUGUUAUGGUGUGAUGCUUGGAAGAUCCUUUUAAAAUUCAAUUCAUGAAACAAAAGGUUAAACUGUCUUUCCAAACACGCUGAGACACUGGGAAGGAGUAUAGGAUUAAAUAAACUCCACUUCUUCCCGCUCCUUUUCAGACAUGUACAACUGCAUAACAUGUGAUAUACUUCAAUGUAAUUGUGUCUCUGCUGUGUUUAGUAUGGCUCAAAUGUAAUAUAAAUUAAAAUAUUUGCAUAUUCUUUCCUGUGGUAAUGCAUAAUUGUCGAGCAAAAAUAAAAAUAAAUGCCCAUUUUUGAUGAUCUGCUGACAUUUUUUAUUCCAGUGGUGCUGUUGAUGUCAUUUAACUUAAAAACAGUUCUAUCAUUUUCCAAACUUGUGGCAAUACUGUUUUUGUGUGUACAUCCACAUGACAUAUGUGG